AUGAGAAUUAAUGCACUGGCGAAGUUUGCCGAAGGUGUACCAGAUAUAUAUUUCUACAUCCGAGCAUUCUCAAUUAUAUACGCCGUAUUACUUAUCCCAGAAUAUCCCCGUAAGCAAGCGGUUCUUUACGAGUCAGGAGCGGCAGGGGCUGAGUUGACUCGCGUGUGUUACAUUACCAAAGCGAUGAUUAGGCUUUACGUAUAUCCUGUUUCGAAGAUGAUUUGUUUAGGAAAGUGGUACGAAUAUCUUGUUCAGGGACGAGUGUAUGAUUAUCACGCCUAUAUUUAG